AUGAUUAUUUCUAAGCGGAAUCACUUAGAGAAAAUGGAAAUGGCAAAGCCAUUGAAAUCUUUGAUUGAUGAUAUUAAGAGUUGCCCUUUAGAAGAAUUACCACAUAAAUUGAAACAAAAUUUGUCUUGGGAAAGACCAAGGGGCGAUUUAUUUCAUUGGGUGCCAGCCUUGAAUAGGUUUGAUGAAAUAUUUGAAACCCAAGUUAAGAAGUAUGAACUAGACCAGGAGCAUCCCAAAUUGCAGGAAAUGGAUAAGAAGGAUCAAGAAUUGCUCGUGGCAUGCUUGCAAUUUACGCAUCUUUUACUUGAACACUGUGCGAAUAGAUCAAUCUAUUCAAGUGGUGAAAGAAUCUUUCAGUUGAUAAAUUCACCAACGGUUGAUGUCAGAUUGAGCGCCUUGGAGGUUGGUGUUUCAAUAUCAGAGAGAUAUGUUCAGACUAGCUCGAAUAAAUAUUCCGCCCCAAAGCCGGUCAAAAUGAAAGUAUUACAGAUCGCAAAAUCUUACCCACUUCCAGUGCCACCUAAUUUUCACCGUAAAGUUGAAGAGGAGGAAAAUAUAAGUAAAGAGGACAAGGAUACUGUAUUGGGUGACCAUUAUAGUCUAAUUGAUUCUAUUACUACGAAAAGAAAAUACCCAUCGAAAUGGAAACACCUUAAUUUUCAAUACUAUAAGGCCUAUACACCUCAAACACAAAAUAUACAUACCAAGAGUGAAUCUGCUAAAAGUGGAAAAGAAGAAUUAAAGAAUAAAGGGGCAAAAAGGCCUAAGUCAAAAUCCAAUUCGAAUAAAUUAUCAAAGACAGAUAAUGAAGAAAAAAUAGUUCCAAAAGAAGGUGUUACAAGUUUUAGUUUGUCGGAAGAAACUGUACGUAAGUUGUCUUUAGAACAAAUAUUUGACAAGGCUUCUGAAACUAUCCCUAAAGAAUAUUGGUUUGAAUUCGGUCUUGUUGCGCCUGUCGUCAAGUCUUUUAAUACCAAAUCAUAUGACUCAAUUGAAUUACGUGAAAAGUUACUUCGUGCAAAAUGCUUGGCUAUCGCCUUCAUAUGCUGUAUGUGUCCAAGCGAAUUUACUGCAUCAAGAUUCUUUGAAUCUGAACCAUAUAUUUUCAGCUUCUUAAUCGAUUUAAUCCAACCUGAAAAUUCUGCAGACGUUUCAAGGGACGUUUAUUUCACAGCUACGAAAGCCUUAGAGUGCAUUUCCUUGAAAAGAGUAUGGGGAAGUGAUAUCAUCCGAUGUAUGGGUGGGAAUGUGAACCAUGGAAUUUUAUUUCAAUGUAUAAGACAUAUCAAUAGAAAGAUUAGGGUCGAAGAUGACGAUUGCUUUGAAUUGGCUUACGUGCACUUUUUUAAUAUGUUGGGAAAUUUAAUAGAUUCAAAAAGUUUAACUCCUAGACUAACAGCUGGUGGUAUUUUAAAUGAUUUAUUAUCAUUCUUCAACGUCAAAUCUAAGUAUAGAUGGUCGUGUUCAGCUGCAGUUCAUUUAACAACAGUAUUUUUAAGUGCAUCUCCAGAGUCAUUCGAUGAUUUUGUAGCUAAUAAUGGAUUUCAAUUACUUAUUGAUACAAUUAAAUACGAAGUCAAUUUUGCAUUAGAGAAUCCUAAUUAUGGAGGUGGUCCACCGAAGGAGUCUCUUGUUUAUUACAAUAUUACCUUCCGACAAGCUAAUUAUAUUCGAAAUCUAAUGAAAUUAGUUUCACAUUUAAUUCAAUCAGAGCCUGGUGAUAGAUUACGUAACCUUUUUGAUUCUCCUUUAUUAGAAAGCUUUAACCAAAUUCUUCUCAAUCCUAAAACUUUUGGUCCAUUGAUAUUGUCUGCGACUAUUGACUCGGUCUUUUAUAUAAUUCAUAAUGAGCCAACCGCGUUCUCGAUUUUGAAUGAAGCUAAGGUGAUAGAUACCAUUUUAGAUAAUUUUGAAGAUUUAUUUCUUCCAUCAAAUGAUUUGUUGAUGUCCUUAGCUGAAGUUAUUGGUGCUAUUUGUUUGAAUAAUGAUGGUUUAGAUAAGGUUAUGAAUCACAAUACUAUUGGUAAAUACUUUCAAUCAUUUUAUAACCUUGAUUAUGCAAAGGAAUUGGUUAGAUCAGAUAUGACCACAAAUUUAGGUUGCUCAUUUGACGAAUUGGGAAGACAUUAUACCCCAUUGAAGCCAAUUAUUAUGGAAGAGAUCAAGAAAUUAGUUAAAAACGUUCCUGAUUUCGUCAAUAGCAAAUUGAAUGGUAUUCGUUUCUAUACAUCAGAUAAAGGAUCAUUAUACCGCAAUAAAGAUGAGGAGAUUAUUGACAAUGAAGAUGGGUCCAAAGAGAUAGAAGUUUGGGAAACAACUGAUGCUGCAUAUUUAGCUGACAACGUUUUCUUCUUCUUGGGUGGAUUAUUACAAGAUAGUGGACAGUGGGGAAACGAAGCAAUGAAAUUAAUACCUUAUGAAUCUUGGGCUUCAUUUAUGACUUUGUCGAAUGCUCCAUUUGAUUACACAACAUCUAAUGGUUUCUCAACGUUAAUGGGUGUCUUAAAAUAUUUUGAUGACGAAAAUAGAGAUUAUGGUUUACCUCUUGCAUUUGAAAUUUUGAAAAAGCAAGUUGAAUCCCCUCUUAUUCAGGAAUUUAUUCACUUCAAAAGUACAGAUAUUUCUUUCUUCAGCAAAUUUGAAAACAAUGAAGAAGCGGGUACGCACUUUUUAAAGGAAUUAAAUUCUCUUAACACUUUAUUUUACACGUUUACAGAGAUUUAUAUCAACCCAGGUCUCAUGUUUCACGAAAGGUAUCACCAAAUUGCAGAAUUAUUUGGAAAUGGAAAAUCAGCAGACGGAAGUGGUCUAAGAUUAUUAUCAGAUUUUGGUUUACUUCUAAGGAGAUGUAUGCUCGAAGAGAUUAUUUUGCGUUCUACUAUGCCAGAUACUGUCGCCAAGCAAUCGGGUGCUAUCUUUGACAGUAGCAGCGAAUUUCCCCCAAUCCAAAUAUAUGCAGCAGAACCUUCUAAGAAGCAAGAGAAACAAGAUGGCACGAGUGCAAAGUUCAAGAACUCAUUGCAGAUAAGAUUUUUUGCGUAUCGUUUCCAGAACUACAUAUCAACAGUUUUCUGCUGCUUGGGCCGUGUUUGCAUGCAUAAGAGACAAGAAUUCAUUGAUGCUGCAUGGCGAAGGGAUGCAGUGAGAAUCACUGUUGAAAUUGGAAAAAUAUUUGAGACUUUGAUUACGACUGAUAUUUCUAAUGAAGAAUAUAAAUCAAGUUACUUUUUGGUGUUAGUAAAUAUUGGUUUAUACUGCCUAAGCCAAAAAGAAAGGGUAAACAAAGAUGUGAUACAAACAAGUUUAGCUAUUUCUCUUUUGCAAAACGGCUUUAUCGAAAAAUUAAAAGAAUUGGCAAUUGGCUUCUGGAAUAAGCUAUUACAGUUAGACCCUCAAGAAGUUGCAAAGACUAAUGAUUUAAAAUAUAUCAGCACUUCUGAAAGUAGUAUUACUAAAAACGUGUUAAGUCAGAUUCUCAUGAUUUUUGCUAAGAUCGUUAAUAGUGAUGUUGUUCCAAAUUUACCGGCAACAAAAUUAUUUUAUCAUGAAGGGCUUGAAAAAGAUCCAGAAUCAUUUCUAGUCUCAGCUUUCUUGGUUCAGUCUAGAAUCAUUGCCCUUGAGUUAAUACGGAGCACGGUUGGUUCGGAAUCCAUAAUUUUCAACCAAUCAGAUAUAGCUACAACCGAGAAUGUCCCAUCUCCGCUAAUUGAGCAACUUGUUUACAUUGCAAAACAUGUUUGGAUGGCAACAAAAGAAGUUUCUGACAUACCUUUUGUUCCUUUGAUAGUGGAUAAUGUGUCUCCACCGUUGUCACAAGUUCAAUACUUAACAUCGAAGGGAAUAUCACCUUCACAAGCUGAACAUUUUUUUAAGCAUACUGUGAGUUUGAAUGAGAUAAGUAGUAAUGAAGUACCAGAUUGUUCGCAAUUAGAUGUCGACAAAGAGGUAUGGGAAAGUAUUGUACAAGAUAUCCAUUCUGGAAGGGUGAGCUUUAAACAGGAACUUCCAACAUUUAAACCCGGUUCUCAUCUUAAGACAGCUAGAUUGCAUGAAUUCGAUCAUUUUACUGAUUGCUGGUUCAAAGUUGCCUGCAACUAUCAUAAGGCAAUUGAGUCCAUCGCGGAUAUGCUUCUUUCUUCGUAUUCAGAUCCUUCAGAUAUUUCGAGCAAGCUUGCUUAUUAUAUUUUUGACUUGGUAGAAGUGAAGAAAAAUAAAAACUCGGAUUUAGGUGUCGCUAUUCAUUUGUUCGGGAUUAUUCUCAAGGAUGAAAAGGUGGUAUAUUCAAACAAGGAGACUAUUUCGAGGUUUACACGUUUUAUGAUUGAUGAGCUUGAAAGUAACCCAAAGGAUGUAGACAAGGACUAUAUCUCCUAUGGGUUGUAUAUCCUUGAACAAGUGAUGUAUUACAACGAUUUUCCUGAGUCUGAGAAGAGUCCACAUGAACGCCUAUCUCCUCAAAAUGAUACUGUUCCAUUUUUGAUUGAUGAUGAAUUGAAACGGAGAGUAUUCGACAGUCUUAUCAAAUUGGAUGAAAUUCACGAGAUUAAAUCUGCGAUUGGGAUUGCAAGAAUUAUGAUAUUGUUAGUCAAAGACGAAGAAUGCUCAACUAUGCUCGUAAACUCUAAAUUACUUAAAACGCUUAUUUCUUUAGCUAGUGAUUUCAUGAAAAGUGCAUCAGAUAAAUACGAUAUUUACCAAGCAGCACUUGUCGUUCUUAUAAGAAGAUGUUUUGAAACAACCGAAGUUUUGAGAGUUAAUAUGUCAGUUGAGCUUUCGACCGUGUUCAAGGGAAGUAUCAGAGGCAAACGUGACCUUCAAUCUGUCUUGAAAGAGACUGCGUCAGUUGUGUUGCGUGACCCAGGGUUAUAUGUGGAUGUCUUCUCACAGGAUGUAAGGUUAGACAAUUAUGAUGGUGGGGAUGUUUACCCGUCAAAGCUAACUGUUUUUCGUAAGAAGCAUGACAAAAGUAAUGAAGAUAUGGAUAUGGAAGAUGUAGAAGCUUCAAAAGAAGUAGAUAACCUGGGACUGCAACGUACCAUUAACUCCACAGGUAUUAUCCAUACACUCUUGACUGAAUUGAUGGAAGUUAGUAAGAAAGAUUGGGUGUCUGAACCACAAUCUACAGACGAUGAGAAGACAGCAAAGGACUCAACGACCGAUGUGUUCAAAAAUACAGAUUUUGCUUAUGCGUCCUUCUUAUUGCAAACAAUUACCGAAUUGCUUGGUUCUUAUAAACAAUCGAAACUUGAAUUUUUAACGUUUUCUAAGAAAAAUCAAAACGAAAAUUUGAAACCUCGCUCCACCGCUUUGAACUUUUUACUACAUCAAUUGAUACCAACUAGACUGCUCAUUAAAUCUAGUGGUAUUGAGUUUGAGAGACGUUCUGCUAUUUCGUCGCUUUCUAAGCUUGCAGUUUUAGCGUUAGUAUCCACACCCAUUUUGAAUGAAGACAAUUCACCAGACCCAAAGAAGGAAGAUAUUGAUAUGGCUUUUAUUAGGAAAUUUUAUGUUGAUAUUCUUCUGAAGAUUCUAAAGGAAACAGCUAGUGCCCCAAGUGUCGCUAACAUUCGCUAUGGAAAGCUUAUUGAUUUAUUUGAUUUGUGUGGCUGUAUGAUAACUCAAAAGUUCCGUGAUUUAACAGGACCUUUAUUGAAUAAAAAUGCAACGAAGUAUGAUCAGUAUUAUAUAGCUAAAGCACUUAUCGAUAAGCAAAUACCUUCUCAGCUCACUGGAAUUAUCUCCGAGUUUGAUGUUAAUUUCCCUGAAAUUAAUCGUGUCAUUAAGCUUGGUAUUAAACCACUUACUUUAUUGGGCAAGAUUAAAAGUGAAUUUCAAGAUGUUUUUGAAGACGAACACCAAGGUGAUAAGGAAGAUGAUGAUAUAGUACCAGAAGACGUUGAUGAUAGAGAUGAAACACCUGAUUUGUUCCGUAACUCCACUUUGGGGAUGUAUGAUGUUGAUCAUGAGAGUGAGGAUUCAGAAAUGGAUUAUUAUGACGAAGGGGAUCCUUUGGAGGUGUUAAUGUCUGGUGAAGAAAUAUCGGAAGAAGAUUCAGAAGAUUCUUCUCAUCUUUCUGAACUAGAGUCUGAAAUGGAGGAAGACGAAGACAAUGAUAUUUCUAUAGAUGAAGGCUACGAAGGAAAUGAAUCCAUGGAUGAUGACAAUAUCCCAAGUAUUGAAGAUGAUGAUAUUGAAAUUAUUGACGAAUUAGAUAUGCAUUCUCACAGCGAUUCCGAUGAAGGUUCAAUAAAUGAUGAAAUGUCGGAUGAAUCAGGAGUUUAUGAUUACGACGAGGAAGAAGGAAUCAGCGAUUAUGAUGAUGAAGAAUUAGAUGGUUGGAUUGAAGCUUUUGAAGGCGAUAAUGCUCCUUCAAAUGAAGCGGAAGUAGAAGAGGGUGAUAUACCAAGUGGUGUUGAAAGCUUACGUAGGAAUAGACUUGAACAUUCUAGAGAUGCAUAUGAGGUUAUGGAUUCCGGAGAUUCUGAUGAAGACGAGGAAGAUAAUAUGAGUGAAGAUGAUUCGGUUGUUGAUGAUGAAGUAGAUGGGUUAGGUAUUGCGCCUGAUUCAAGAAGACGUGCAAGGGACUUUGCUAGCACAUUCUUUGAUGCCUUACGUCCAGCUAUGGGGCAACCAAAUAUUGCUUCGCUUUUCGAAGGUCUAUUCAGCUCAGCAAAUAAUGAUAACGGCUUAUUAAGAGGGACUAUACAUAUAAGUGGUCCUGGAAAUUCUACUCGUUUUGAACGUUCCUUUGGGAACGUUAUACUGAUGGGCUCCAAGUCCAAACGCGAUAAUGAUGUAUUACAUAGCAUGUACAUCAAGUCCACAAGGGAACGUUGGUUAGAUGCGUUGAAUAUGUUCUACUCUAAGUCGAAGGAUGAUGCUGUUAUGAAGAUCAUACCUAAUAUUGUUAAUAGAAUCGAAAAAGAAAGUAUCGAAAUAUUUAAGCUGAAGAAGGAAGAAGCUGAACGAAUUAGAAAAGAAAGAGAAGAAAAAAUCCGCAAAAGGGAAGAAGAAGAAAGGUUAAAGCGUGAAGAGGAAGCAAGAGAACGAGAACUCAAUGCAACAAAUAACUCUGUAAAUCAUGAUCCUAUUAUGGUUCGUAUUGGUGACCGUGAUGUUGAUAUUAGUGGAACUGACAUAGACCCAGAAUUUUUCGAGGCUUUACCAGAUGAUAUGCGUGAUGAAGUAUUUACUCAGCAUGUCAGAGAAAGACGAGCAAAUGCAUCUAAUACGGGAGCAGAUGCGCGUGAAAUUGAUCCUGACUUCCUCGAUGCUCUUCCAGAGCAAAUUAGAGAAGAAAUUCUUCAACAAGAAUCAAUGGCUCGUAGAUUCUCCACUUUGGAAGAUGAAAUGACCUAUCCCGAUGUUGAUGAAGAUGAAGAUGAAGAUUUGGAAGAUGAGGAUGAAGGGGAAAGUACGAAUCCUUUUGUUUUACCUAGUAGUGGCAGUGCAGGUUCAAACAGAAGAAGAUCAACCGUUGCUGGGGAUUCUACGUCAGAAUCUUCCAAAAAAUCUAAAAAGGUUUUCUUUACACCCUUGGUUGAGAGAUCUGGUGUAGCUGCAUUAAUUCGUUUACUUUUUAUCCCUCUGCCUAUUAAUCAGAGAGAGUAUAUCCAUCAAGCAUUACAAUACUUGUGUAAAAGUAAACAAUCCAGGGCUGAAAUAAUGGGCCUUUUAAUCGCAAUCCUUCAAGACGGUUUAAUAAACCAACGCUCUAUUGAAAAAGUGUACUCACAAGUUUGCUUGAAAGCUAAAACUAGUACAUUUAAUACGGAAAGUCAAAAUAAUCACUUUCCUAUCGGUGGCUCACCGAUUAUCAUUGGUAAUCAAAUAAUUGAAGUCGUGCACUAUAUAUUAGAGCGUAAUACUCAUAUGAGAUAUUAUCUUUUGACGGAGCAUGACAACCCAUACAUUUUGAAGAAGAUAAAUCGCAAAACAAAAUUAAAAGAAUCGUUAAGCAAAGAAAGUAAAUACCCAAUAAAUCUUUUGCUUAGAUUGUUAGAAAAUAAUUUGAUCAAGGAAGAUCAAACUUUUAUGGAUGUCUUAGCAAGAGUUUUACAGAUCGCAACUAGGCCACUUCAUGCUUUGCAAAACGCUAACAAAAGUGUUGAAGACAAUAAGGUUCCUCCUAUUACUCCUCCAGUUAUUCCUGAUCAUAAUUUCCGACAAAUAAUUAAAAUACUAACUUCAAAUGAUUGUCCUAAUACGACUUUCAGAAGAACCAUCAGUGCAAUGCAGAACCUAUCUGUGCUUCCUAAUGCGCAAAAGGUAUUUUCCGUAGAGUUAUCUGAUCAGGCAACGAAAUUGGGACAGACUAUUAUUAGUGAUCUUAAUGUUUUGACAAAAGAAAUUGCCAAAUCAGAUACCUACAAUACAGAGAAUAAGUCAUUUGCAAAGUUCAGUGCUUCAAGUUCUGACCAAGCAAAAUUACUCAGGAUUUUAACCGCACUAGAUUAUAUGUUUGAAUCAAAAGAAAAAGAUAAAGGCUUUGAGGACGAGAAAACCGAUUAUAAAGCAAUCCAUGAUGGUAAGGAAAAUAAAUUGACUCUCGAUGAAAUUGAAGAAUUAACAGGAUUAUAUAAACGACUUGCAUUGGGAACUUUAUGGGAUGCCUUAAGUGAUUGCUUAAGAGUUCUAGAAGAAAGAAAAGGCAUGACAAAUAUAGCUACUGCAUUAUUACCCUUGAUUGAAGCUUUAAUGGUUGUUUGUAAACAUAGCAAAGUUAAAGAAAUUCAUAUCAAAGAUGCUAUUAAGUAUGAAGCUAAGAAAAUUGAUUUCACAAAGGAACCAAUUGAAAGUUUAUUCUUUUCAUUUACAGAUGAGCAUAAGAAAAUAUUGAAUCAAAUGGUCAGAACUAAUCCGAACUUGAUGAGUGGGCCUUUUGGAAUGUUAGUUAGAAAUCCUGGGGUCUUGGAAUUUGAUAACAAGAAGAAUUAUUUUGAUAGAAAGUUACAUGAGAAUAAAAAUGAGAAUGCUAAAUUAUCAAUCAACAUUCGCCGUGAUCAAGUAUUCUUGGACUCAUACAGAGCAUUAUUUUUCAAACCGAAGGAUGAGUUUAAGAACUCAAAGCUAGAAGUCAAUUUUAAAGGUGAAUCGGGAAUUGAUGCAGGUGGUGUUACUCGAGAAUGGUACCAAGUUUUAUCGAGACAAAUGUUUAAUCCAGAUUAUGCGUUAUUUACUCCUGUGGCAUCUGAUGAAACAACAUUCCACCCGAAUAGAACAUCAUAUAUUAAUCCAGAACAUUUAUCGUUCUUUAAGUUCAUUGGUAAGAUUAUUGGUAAAGCUAUAUUUGAUAAUAGUUUUCUAGAUUGUCACUUCAGUAGAGCUGUCUAUAAGAGAAUUUUAGGUAAGUCAGUUUCGUUAAAGGAUAUGGAAACACUAGACCUUGAAUACUUUAAAUCAUUAGUAUGGAUGUUAGAAAAUGACAUAACUGAUGUUAUCACUGAAGAUUUUUCAGUUGAAACUGAUGAUUAUGGAGAACAUAAAAUCAUUGACUUGAUUCCUAACGGAAGAGAUAUAGCCGUAACUGAAGAAAAUAAACAUGAGUAUGUCAAGUUAGUCGUUCAAUACAGAUUGCAAACUUCGGUCACGGAACAAAUGGACAACUUUUUAUUAGGAUUCCACGAGAUUAUUUCAAAAGAUUUAGUUUCUAUAUUUGAUGAGCAAGAAUUGGAAUUAUUGAUCUCAGGAUUGCCCGAUAUCGAUGUUUUGGAUUGGCAAAACAAUUCUACGUAUAAUAAUUAUUCACCUUCAUCAGAACAAAUUCAAUGGUUCUGGAGAGCAGUUAAAUCAUUUGACAAUGAGGAGAGAGCAAAAUUGCUACAGUUUGCUACGGGUACUUCGAAAGUGCCUUUGAAUGGUUUCAAGGAGUUGAGUGGAGCUAGUGGAACUUGUAAAUUUAGCAUCCAUAGAGAUUAUGGGACCACUGAUAGAUUACCAUCGUCACAUACGUGUUUCAAUCAAAUAGAUUUACCAGCAUAUGAAUCAUAUGAAACAUUAAGAGGAUCUGUUUUAUUGGCUAUAACAGAAGGUCAUGAAGGGUUUGGAUUGGCUUGA